AUGGCCUUCGUGUUGUCCGGAAUUAAACUCUUGAGUCUUUUUUGUGCAACCGUCUUGGCCGCUGCGCCACAGCCGUAUGGUCCGGAAGUAGCACAUGCCGCCAAUAGAAGGCUUUCCCAACUAGAUGGAAUUUCGAACAAGACCAAUGCCGAUCUCACAUUGAAUUGGUCCGGUGCAGUACUGAAUGCUCCUCCGUCAGGAACCACUUUCACCUCCGUUUCAGCAGAAUUCAGCGUGCCAACUCCCAAACCAGCCAAUGGCCGCGCCGGUUCUUCAUCCGUCUGGGUUGGUAUUGAUGGCAGUACAUAUCCAAACGCGAUUCUUCAGACUGGUGUCUACUUGAGUGUCACUUCCAAUGGGUCUGCCUCAUUUGGUGCCUGGUAUGAGUGGUAUCCUGACUAUGCUGGCGGAUUCUCGGGUAUCAGUAUCAAUGCAGGUGAUAGGAUUUCUCUUUGUGUUGUGUCUACUUCUCCUAGUUCUGGAACUGUGACAAUUGAAAAUUUAACGAACGGUCAGAAAGCGAGCCAAAGCCUUACAGGUACCGCGCCUGACUCGUCCUCCACUCUUAAUGGACAAAAUGCGGAGUGGAUUGUGGAAGAUUAUGAAGAAGGAAGCCACUUAGUUGUCCUUGACAAUUUUGGCAUUGUCACGUUUAACAAUGUGUCCGUUGGUCUGUCGAACGGCAGCUCUCUUGAAACUGAAGGUGCAGAGAUUAUGAACAUGCUACAGUACAAAGCGGUAAAGUCUUGA